AUAAGUUUGUGUAUGCAGCGAGAACUGUGUGAGAUGGAAUUUGAAGGUGUGUCACUGUGAAAACUAGAGAAUUAUGUUAAUAUUAUCAAUUACUGUGGUAGUGAAAAUGUGCUCGUGCGAAUUUUUACCGCGGUUCCAGUGUCGAUCGGUAAAAUUUAGUUAAUAAAAGUGUUCUCGUCUGUCAAAGGGGGUUAGAACCGAUCCAGGUUAUUUAAUAUAUUUUCCGGUGGCGGUGUGUGAAUUGUAAAUAAGCAAACAUGUGGAACAUGAUGUGCGAUGUGAUGCCGACAAUAUCGGAGGACAGUAUAAGCCAGAGAAGUUCACAGUUCUCUGGCGAAGAUGCGAAUUUCGAACAGCUCAUGGUUUCGAUGUUGGAUGAGAGGGACAAAUUAAUGGACAGUCUUAGAGAGACCCAGGAACGUUUAGGGGAGACGGAAAUAAAGCUGCAGGAAACGGAGAAGGAACGGGACUCACUCCAGAGGCAAAUAGCUGCAAAUCUCCCACAGGAAUUCGCCACCCUCACGAAGGAGCUGAACGCCGCCAGAGAGCAGCUGUUGGAAAGGGAAGAAGAAAUAUCCGAGUUGAAGGCGGAACGGAACAACACCAGGGUUCCCCUCCUUGCCUCCUUUGAGGGAUAGUAAGACGUCGAGAUGGGCCUUCUUCAAGAUCCAGUCUGUUCGAGAGACAACUUAAAAAGUGCGCUUGAAGAUACUAAUAGUUAAUACAAUAAUGAAGUCUUAAUUUAUCAAUAUUAUUCAAUAUGAAUCUUGUUAGACAAUAAUGGAAACUCUUA